CCUCUGCUGCCUUUUUAGGGCUUUGUGUGUUGUUAAUUUCUGGCUGGGCUGUAGUACUUACUCCCUGAUUGGCUUGGAUUAGACGUUAGCUGUGCAAUUGUGUGCUGUGUGGGUGACGUCAGGGGGUUAUUUGUGAUAGCCCAGGGGACUGGUUGGGGCAGUUACGCUGUCAACCGCAGCUGGGGAAAGGCAGAUAGAUUAUAGAGAGACAGAGAGAGAGAGAGAGAAAGAUACAUCAGAAAGCCAAGGAACUGGAGACAAGACUCAGAACCACUUGGCCAAAGCACCUAUCGGAAUCACACGCAGAAGCUGCAGACGCCGAAUUCCCUCAGUAUGGAUAUCCUGGCGGUGCUGAACCUGAGCGAAGUCGCUCUUUAUUUUUCAAAGAUGUCCAUGUUCCCGCUUUUUGACUUGGCUUAUUACAUCGUGUCCAUUCUCUACCUGAAAUACGAACCAGGAUCAGUGGAUGUGUCCCGUCGUAAUCCAAUUGCCUCAUGGAUGUGUGCAAUGCUUUAUUGCUUUGCCAGUUAUAUAAUGGCUGAUGUACUGCUUGGAGAAUCCCCCCUCCAUUAUUUUAACAACACUUCUCACAUCUUGCUGGCAACUGCAGUUUGGUACCUAAUCUUUUACUGCCCGCUGAACCUUUUCUACAAAUGUGUGGCCUUCAUGCCUGUGAAGUUGGUCCUUACUGCUAUGAAAGAGGUGGUGCGGGUCCGCAAAAUUAGUAUGGGUGUUGUCCAUGCACACCACGCCUACCACCAUGGAUGGAUCAUCAUGGCUUUGGUUGGAUGGGCCAAAGGUGCUGGAGUUGCAUUGAUCUCCAACUUUGAACAGCUAAUUCGUGGAGUCUGGAAGCCAGAAACAAAUGAGUUUCUCAACAUGACCUUCCCGACAAAAGCUAGUUUGGUUGGAGCAGUUAUCUUCACCCUACAGCAGGCUCGCUGGCUUCCCAUAUCCAAACACAACAUCGUCUUCCUGUUCACUAUCUUCAUGGUUGUUACAAAGAUAUUCAUGACAGCGACACAUUCCCAUGGGUCACCUUUCGCUCCAAUUGAAGCCUUUAUUUGCCCCAUUGUCUUUGGGAAUGCCUGCAGUAUCUACGAUGAUCAUGAUCGUGUCUGUUCUCGUGACAAUAUGCAGAGCAGCACCCCUUGCAAUCUGUCUCCAUACACAGCCAAGACAAAGGAGGAACUUAAUGAAGGGACAAGGAAGAAGAAAUGCAAAAAGACUGAAUAAGUGAAACACUCCCACCACAGUUAUCAAUGCGUGCUGAAAGUGCAAUUUCUGGGACUUAAUGUGAUCUGGAAACUGUUACUAUGAGGAAAAUCGACAUAAUUGUACUCAUACAGUCUACUAGGGUUUGCGUUUGAGCUUGUCUGUCUCAUUAAAUGGAAAGAAAAAUGUGAACAAACAGUAGUUAGCCUAUCCUUCCCAGAGAUGUGUUUCCUAGUCUCAAGUUCCAUCUAGAAAAGACAGACAGCAUUAAUAUGGUAAUGAUUAAUCAGUGUCUCUGAGAGGUCAUUCAGGUAUAGAAUGUGAAGUAUAUGGAAAUAGUCAUCCAGAUUCUUUUUUAAAAUUGUUGGGAUGUACUGUUGGAAGUAUGUAAGGGGAAAUGCCUUAUUCACAUCUAGCCAACACUGUACUAGAUCAGAGAGAGCAUUAUUUUGUCACUGCAAAAGUGAACGUAAAUUCUAUUUCCCAGCAUUGUUACCUCAUAGAUCUUGGACUGAACAGCCAAAAAAAUGGAAGUGCUAUAAUUAUUAGCUAGUGCUGAAAUGGAAUGUUCUCUGCUGAUAAUUAGAGCACCUGCAUCGUUUUCAUUCUGGAUUCACAGUGGAAACACAGUCACUAAAAGUGAUUCCAGUUUUGACAGUGGAGCUGCGGCACAGUAGACAGAGGAAUGCCAUUUGUGCAUUCGUUAACCCUUAGUCCAUGAAUAUCUAUGGUAUAAAAUGCUAUAGCUGUAUUUGUACCACAGAUAUUUGCUAGAAAUGCCACAUCAGGAAAAUUCAGGGUAAAAGUAGGUCAAUGUGCCUUUUUAAAAGAGAAACUCAUUCUCCUUCUGUUAUGGUCUCCUCAUUCUUUACACACGCACACUACAACCUUUAUCAGGUGAAUGUAGGAAGUAUUCCAUUGUUGCCAAAAAAUACAAUGUAAGGAACUCUGUUAUAUUUGUGGUCUUCCAAAUGAAAAUGAUGUAAUAUAAUAAAGAUUAAGAGACUUUAUGUCUAUUGAAAUGUA